AUGUGUGUGACCAUCAUCCAAAAAGAGACGGACCUGAGUACUGCCGAAUAUCUUGGCCACAACGAGGGUGCUCACUGGGUGGGUGACAAGAAUGACAUCAAGGGGAACACAGGGCCAGAUAAAUUCUUCUGCGGGGGGCCAACUGUGAACUUCAAUGGUAUUGACAUCCCGCCCCUGGUCGUCCACUCUUCUAGUGGUGGCAUUACACCUGAGAUUUUAACCUUGGUCGAGGACAGGCUUGAUGAACUCAAUGUCUUCCCCAGAGGCAACGGAAAACCCGACCCAGUGAUUCUAGUUGACGCCCAUGGAUCGAGACUUUCCGCUAAGUUCCUCAACUACGUAUUUAAUAAGGCUCACCGGUGGAUUGUUUUAUUUGGACUUCCGAAUGGAACUGGAUUUUGGCAAGUCGGUGAUUCAAAUGCUCAAAAUGGAAAUAUGAAGGCACACCUUGUCAAGGCCAAAAGGGAAGUUCUCCAAAUGCGGAUGGCAAAAGGUCAACGUGCUGCAAUCUCAAGGAAAGAUGUCGUCCCACUUGUCACCAGCGGUUGGGACAAAUCAUUUGGUCAUAUUGAGAACAACAAGAGAGCCUGCGCCACAAGAGGAUGGAAUCCUCUCAAUCGAGGAUGCCUUGUGCACCCAGAGAUCCUCCGGACGAAGGUUGAUAUCACGUCCGAUCUCACGUCUGACCAAGAGAUGCCAGAAUCUCAAGACACACAAUAUUCCAAUGGUGGUAGUCAAGUAUCCACAGCAUCGGCUGUGACAAUUCCCAGUAUGAACACAGAUGGCUUGGCUGGGUUUUAUCUUGACCACAUAUCCCAGCAGCGUAAGCGAAUGGUAGACCAAUAUAGACUUGAAGAUCCAUUACCAUUAUCCAUUACCGGUACUGCUGUUUGGGCGUGGACUUCAAUUGGGAAUUCUUGA